AUGGACAAUUAUAGCAUUAUCCUCAAAAUCUGCCGCAGAUCUCUAGCAUUCGCAGGGGUAGAUAUGUUCGACGAAUACUGGCGUCCGAAUCUGUGGACCAUAGCAGUGUUUACCCUGCUGAUAACCUAUCCCUUAAGUGCCAUUCAGUAUAUUAGACUUUACGUCGAUUCAUUGGAAGUACUGGCAGAGGCUAUUGCUCUGUUGAUCACAGUGGUGGAUGCAUUUUUCGGAACCGUCGAGCUCAUUGUACAUCGAGAGAAAUGGCGAAAUAUCAUGGAUGAAAUACAUAAUAGUCAUCGUUUGUUCCCAUCCGUGGAAAAAGUCCAGCGCUUGUUCGACGACUAUUCCAAUCUUAAUGUGAAGUAUGCUAAAGUUUUCUACGUGAUCUACGCUUCGGCUACUCUCUCCUACACGAUUAUGGCCGCACUUCUCCCUGAUGAGAGGAAAUUCAAUUUACCAAUUGCCACAUCAAUUUAUUCCAUGAACCCUGAGGGGUACCUCUUUUAUCCCGUCAACUUAACGCAUCAGAUCAUGGGUAUGCUCGUUACGCAACACAUUUUGCUGGCUCAAUGUUGCACACUCGUUACGGCAGUGAUGUCAGCGUGCUGUCGAUUGGACGCGGUAAGACUCAUGCUGGAAGACUUCAACGAGCGUAUUCGAGGUGCGAAAGAUUCACCGCAAGCCCUUGAACAAUCGCUUAACAAAAUCAUCGAAGCUCAUGCACACUCGAAAGACUUCAUCCGUCGCAUCGGAAAACAUUUCGCGAUAGUGUAUUUGUUCUUGUUCGCCACCUGCGGAGGAAUCGUCUUCAUGAGCUUGAACGUUGUUUCGAAAAACAUAUUUUCUUCCACCGGUUCACAUAUGGCGGCGGCCUUUGGAACCAUUUUUUUGCAGUGUUACUUUGGCAACCGGCUGCUGAUCGUCAAUGAAAAUCUUUAUCAAGCUAUCUACGACAUCGAAUGGUACAAACUGUCGAUCACGGGGCAGAAAACGUUUAAAUUUUUUCUCGCCAACGCUCAACUUCCAACGCAGCUGAACGGAGUUCUAAUGCCACUGAAUCUGGCCACAUUUGUUUCGGUAAUCGAUCAAUACAAUUUUAGAAUAUUUUUUUGA